AUGUCUAGACCCAUCGGGCGGAGUAGUUCCGUCCGGAGCCCUGUCAGUCAGACAGACUAUUCCGCUCCGGCUAUCACAAACGAUGCCGAAUCAUUCGACACCGCGCUGCCUCCGAUGAGCUCCAAAGAGCUGGUGGUGUCAACACGCCGACAACAGGGUGGACUUCCAAGAUUACCAUACCCACAGAAUCUCACGUCUAUUCAAGGAGGGCUGGGUGGCCACCGCCGGACGGGAAGCACACUGAAGACCGUGAUGAAGAAGAUCUUCACCCGAAAUCGGCGGAGUCGGACAGACGAGAUGGAUGACCCCGUUUCGGACUUCAGCUUUAAUAAUAGUUCAUUCCCGACGACUCAACGACAGAAGUCUCCAAAAUCUCCAAGCUCAGGGAGCUCACACCAAGGUGCCCAAGUUCAACAGCCUACCGCAACAUUGACGACGCUGGACGUCGUGUUAAAACAGCUGGACACUGAACCCCGUCAGCGACGAGCAACUCUGCCCAGCCUAAUAUUCUCGGACGAUGAAUCUCGACAAGCGCUUGAAGCGGUUGUCCACCCGGGGAGAAGACCCAGCAACAGAAAGCUCAGUCCUCAUGCGCAUAGCGACCCGGAUGAAGUCCGACGGCGUCGGAUGCAAAACGUAAAGCGACGCUCUCGGAGUGCAGGCGCUCUUCGUGUCCUGGCAAAAGAACAUCAUCGUAUGUCUCCGAUACAGUGGAAGAGACGGCGGAGCGUCGAGUCAACUUUCCUUGAGUCAACCACGUGUGGUGUUGGCUCUGAUAGUGAUUCGUCGCGCCCACCUACUCCGUCCACCGUAGGCACCGCUUCUACAUCUAAACCAUCCGCGCAAAUGUCGGCUUCUGAGGUGGAGGACGAAGUAGAGGACGAACCUGAAGACGAGCCCGUGCCUCCAAUUUUAUCUCCUAAUGUCGGAGAACUCAUCAGCUCUAUGCAGAACGACGACAACGCUUCGCUGGACCAACGGAUGACCACACUGGAGGUAAAACUCAUCGACCUAGAGUUUGCGAUUGCUCGGAUGCAAAGCGGGCGUGCAGAGACACCAGCAGAGUCGCAGAACCAGAAAAGCUCGCAAUCACCACGCCAUAAACGUCAAAAGUCUUCUGCAAAAUCCAAAUCGUCCGGCCAAUCUCCACCAUCGAGUCGCGACGAUUCUCCUGACACGGAAAAUCUCCCGUCGGCAGAGCGGCCCCUCAGCACGAGUACCAUCCGGCCAAGCCCAAGCGACAUUCACCGUGCCCGGGCCUUGCAAGCACCGUCAAUGGUCUCCUUGCACAGCAGUGACUCAGGCGCCAUCUCCGUACAGCAGUACAGCGCGCUGGUCAUGCUUCUCCGCCGCGAACAGACUGCGCGUCGAAACCUCGAGCAACAAGUCUCCGGUCUUCGGGAAGACAUCGAGAGACUGACUCGAAUGGCGCAAGACUCUAUGGGUGUCGGGACAAUGUACCCGAUCCGCAGUGUCGAGUCCGAAGAGUACAUGCGCGUACGUCCAGACGACUCGUCGCCGGUCAGCUCACCGCGCCGAAUACCAGCCAAUCUUCCCUCCCCGAUCCACAUCAAGAGCGAUUCCGAGUCCAUGUACUCGCGAGACACAGCUGAUCCAAAACCUUUUCGUCCCUGGCAACCGGCUCGCCGGAUACAAAUCGCUAAUAUGAUCUAA